GUUAAAAAAAUUAAGAAAAUUUAUUUAAAAAUGUCGAAAACUAUUUAUAUAUUCUCUAGCAGUGCUGUGAUAUUUUUCAAUUUGUAUUUUAUGGUUAAUGGUGACAUUGAAUACAAUACAAUAAAUGAGGAUGGUUCAUAUCGAUUUGGACAUCGAAAUGAUGACUUUGGUGGCUAUUAUCAUAGUGCCAGCGGUACUCCUGACAACGUAGUGCGAGGUCGUUAUGGUUCGCGUAAUCCAGCCACGGGUAAUGUUGAGGAAACCGUCUAUACAGCGGGUCCAAGAGGUUUUCGCGUAACGGGUCCCAAAGUACAUCGCAAGACGAAUUUAGAUCAAUAUCCACCAAGAGCUAUAGGCAGCCCUGAUGACCCAUUGGCCGAUCCCUAUGAUGAUCCUUCGUAUAGUUUUAGCUAUAGAACAGCGGAUCAAUCACGUUCAGAGGAAAAUGAUGCCACAGGGAGAGUAAGAGGUCUUUAUUCCUUUUUGGACGAUGAAGGUGUUCGCCAUAGUGUGCGCUAUGCAGCAGGAGCUGGUACUGGUUUUGAGGUUACCAAUUCGGUGCCUGAUAAUCCCAUAGAUGUGGGCUAUACAGGACCUUUGUAUAAAGCUCCUCCUGAGACUCGAGGUAAAAUGACAGUGCAGCGUGGUCCUGAUGGUACUUAUAAACUUUUGGCGGCCGGUCCAGAUCAUAGAAGAGCUGAGAGUCGUUCACCUGAUGGUUUAGUACGUGGUACUUAUUCAUUUCUAGAUGACAAGGGAGUGCAACGCACAGUAGAGUAUAUAGCUGGGGCGGGCAUAGGUUACAGGGUGGUAAAGAAUAAAGUUGGUCCAGGCACUCAUGUUAAUAAUCAGGUUUUAGAUUUUCGCCUAAACGAUGCUACAUUUAAACUGGCCAAUGAUUUUGGCACAGGAGCUGGACCAGGGGCUGAAUUAGGAGGCAGCAGCGGAGGGAGUGUUGGUGGUGCUGGUGGUGGAGCUGGUGGUAGAAGAGGUAACAAAGGCCGCAUUGGUGGAGGAGCUAGUAGCACUAGAGAUUAUGCUCAAUCCUCUGCUGGAAGAGUAGACGCAGACGAUAAUCAAAUAGCAAGUGAAGAUGAUGCUGAAGGUGAUGGUGCAACUUCAGGCAGAAACUCAGGUUCUGGUGGAAAAACUAAAGCUAAAGAAAAUCGCAUUGGUAUACCCAAAAAUGGAGGUAGGGGAGGAGGUAAUGGUGGCUCUAGCAAUAGAGGAGGCUCUACUAAAGAUCGUGACUUUAUGCAUGAAAGAGGUUACACUAGAAACGACGGCAAAGGACGAAAUCCUGCCAACAGUGGUAAACCGUUAAACAACAACAAACGUAAACCCAGUCGCGGCCAAUCAACCACCUCCAGCCGCAACAGACCCGGCAGUCCGGUAAGUUCGGACGGUGGUAACUAUAACUAUGAUCCACCAGGUACGAACAGUAAUAAUUACGAUGCUAAUGAUGAUGAUUAUGCUAGUGCUUUGCCACCACUUGUAACAGCCAAUCACAAGAUACUCGAAAUAGAUCGUGAACGUGAUUGGGUAGAACGUCAUCGUGAUUCGACAAUAAUUAAAAAUGUAGGCAAAUGGUAUUUAGGUUUGCCACCGGGUCAAAGUGUACGAGCGCAUGUACAAAAUAUUGAUAUUUUACCAUUGGGUGGUCGUAGGGUGCCAUCACCAUCGGAAGCUUUGCGACGCGAUGAACUGGCAGAUAUGACGGCUUCGUCAGAGAGUGAAAGUGAUCCGUAUAGAAGUUAGUUUAUUUUAUCUUUAUAAGAUCUUUAAUAUAAGUUUAAGUUGUAUUAAAAAAUGAAAGUUUUAAAUAUUAAAAAGAAAUAAGUGCAUUUUUGUUAAACACAAUAAUUCCCCGAAUUCCCAAGAUAUAUACAUUUAGUUUCCUAUGAUUUGAUAUAAUUUUUACUGGCGAAAUAGUUCAAUAAUUAUAAUAAAUUUAUUUUAAAAUGCGA